UAUACACAGUGCGAGGAGCGAAAAGUGCUUGCUGUAAAUUUAAAUGAUCUAAACGAUCUGUAAUUUCGAUCGGUUGACACGCUCGUUUUCCACGAUGUCUGAGAACAGCGAGCACUCGCCGGACGACACCGAAACGGAGACAAAGGCGAUGGAAGAUCUUCCUAACGAUUCAUCCAAGAGCGAAACAAAAUUAAUGAAUCAGGUAGAUACGGCUCUGCUCGAGGAUGAGGAAAUGCCGACGUACAUUAGCGUGUCUAGUAUCACAAGACCAGAUGACUCGGACGUUAACAUGAAGCAGCCCGAAAAUGAGUCUCAAGAGGUGGAAGAGGAUCGUAGCCCGAGUCCCUAUCCCAGCGACGAUCAAGCAGCGAGUAGUGUGUAUGUUUUAUCAUCUGGAGAAGAAACCGAUCAGCAUCCUUAUAACGACGAAGAUGACGAAGAUGAAUAUGGAGAUAGUGACGAUAUGGAAAAUUUAGAGCUUGAUAAUGAUUUUGAUUCGGAUCAUCCAAGUAACAUGAAGCAUUUAAUGGAUGACGAGGACGAUGAUGAAGAUGACGAAGAUGAAGAAGAUGAUGAAGACAAUCCUAGACAAAUGCAUGAUGAUGAUAAUUACGAAACAGAUUAUUAUGAUGGAAGAUCUGAUGAUUUUAUCUUUAAUAGGAGAUUGAAAAAUCGUCACAAAGAAAAGAGCCUUUCUCUUCAAGAUUUGAAAAUAUACAAGAAUAAUGUGAAUGAUGGAUAUUUUAAAAGAAGACACCCACAAGGUUUAAGGCCAAAUUAUCCAAACAUUUCAGAGCAAGCUGUUAUGUAUUCUAUGAUUCAGAGAAAGCAACCAAUGCCAGAAAAAUAUCAUUAUGUACAAAGCAAAGUUAAACGCUAUAUCAAAGAUAUAAAAGAACAAAAUAGACGUUCCAUGGAAAAACAUGUAAAACAACAUCAGGAAGAUACAACUCACUAUAAAAGCAACAGCGAUCAUAAAAACAAUGAUACAGAAAAAACAACGCCUAUAGUGAUUCACAAGACAAUAAAAGAUUAUGCCCAAAGAAUGAUCAAGGAGUUACAAAUCGCAGAAAAAAACAUGAUGGAUAAAGAGGCCUAUGAUGCUAUUAUUACGCCAAUAAUAUUGAAUGGACAAGAAAAUAAAAACUGUUUAGAGUCAAUACAUGAAGAAUCCAUACAGACUGAAGUUCAAAUAGAUAUACCAUUUGAGUCAACACAGAAUGAAAGAGAUCUUGCGAAUAUAGAUAGUAAAAUGCAAAAACAAAAUGGAACAAUUGAAAAUAAAUCAUUAAAAUUCAAUUAUACUGAUAAAGAAACUCCAAAUUUUCCAUCUCUUACUCAAAAUGGUCAUCAAGAAGUACCAACGGUAUUUUACGAUUUGCGAACUUUAAGUUAUGACGAGUAUAUGCAUGGCACUUCUAAUUCUAGUCAAAAAACUGAUUUAAAUAAGAACGCCCAUGUUAUUGAGCAAGAACAUAUUCAACCUGAGGCAUUUAAUAAUUCAGAUCUAAUGGAAGUAUCCACAGAUGGAGAAGAAGAUACUUGUUCUUUAAGGAUUGAGAAUAUAAAAAGCAUUAAGACAAUGUCAGAUGAAGCAAAACAUAAUAAUGAGCAAAUACCUCUUGAAAAAACAAAUGAAGAAUUUAAGACGACUUUGGAUACUUCAGAAGUUACCACAUUGAAAAAGAAAUUAACACAGAAAACUGUAAAAUAUAACAGUCUGCUUGAUACAUAUCAAAAGCAGCUUAUGGAAAAUCUAAAAAUGAAACAAGAGUUGGAUGAAUUGAGAAAAACAUUAGCAAAAUAUGAAAAAGAAAACAAACCUCCGGAACAGAAGGUUGCAUCAGUUCAAACAGACAUUUUUAUCGAUUCUGUAUCUAAUCAACCCCAAGAUCAAACUGAGCCUACACAUGUCAAACAAUCCAACAAUAAAAUAUCAGGUAGCAGUGUCGCUUCGACGUUAAGCUCUAUAGAUCAGUGGAGUUCCAGUGCCUGUAAUUUAUCAGUAUCCAUUAAACCACCCGAAAUAGCAAAAACAUUACAGUCUGACGAUAGUAUAAUACUGACUGACGGUACACCAAGGAAAACACGUUCAUUAUCACGCGCAUUUAUUACUUCCUCCCGAAUCUUGCAAACUCUUUCAAGUAUUACACAAGGAAAAACAAAGCCAGAAAAUCCAUUGGUACAAAAUUCAAAGAAAAGAUCAAAUGAAAAUGUAUCGAUGGAUCUGCAAAAUGAUGAUAGUAGUUAUCAAUGUCUCCCUUCCAGCUCUAAGAAAAGAAAGAUUACAGACAUUCUUGAACCAUCUAAUUUUCUACAAUCUUUUAAAGUUUCCCAAGCCUCUGUAGAACUGCAUCCAAAGUUAAAUGAAACGCCUUCAGAAUCCCAAUUUAAAAACUCAUGUGAUUCAGUAAAUAAGAAUGUAGAUUUGCAAUCAAGUUUACCUAAUGCCAAUACAAGUCAAUUAGGAACUGCUACAUCUAUAGUAGAGAGCAAGACAGAAACCGCUGAUGAUCCAGAGGAUAAUGUAAAGUGCUUUGUAUAUCGCGAGGAUGAAAAUAGUAAAGAUCGCAGUUUUCUUAUUCUAGCAGAGGAGGCUGAAAAUGAUAAGGCUAUUAAUGAAAAAGGACGCAGACGAGAAUGCGGUCCAUACUUACUUGGUAAUGUAGAAGUAAGAAUGUCUGAAAUGAACGGUACAAUCAACAUUUGGGGUAAAGAGAUCAGUCAAGAAUCCACUGCUGAAACUGAAAAUGACACAGAAGCAUCUACUAAAAUGAAAGAUAAAAAUUAUCAUUGUUGGCAAAAGACGCCAAAUACUAGAUUCAAUGGCAGUAAUUUAGUAUGUUCAACAAGUAAAAAAUCAAAAAGUCCUAAAUUUGAACUAUCUUCAGCAGCAUCUAAUUUUUCAUGUCUAAAUUCACCUUCGUUUAACAUAGCAAAAGCAUCUUGUUCUACAGAUAAAGCAGAUAAAUUAUGUAGUUCAAAUGCGUGUGAAGACUGUGAUUUCUCAAAAUAUCGUAAGGAAUGGCAAAGAUAUAAACGAAUACAUCCCCAAGAAAAAUUACAUUCCUACUGCACUCAUGAUAUAGACACGUCAGAGAAGAAGUGCAAUUGUUCCUUACAUAACGAAAAGCAAAAGUUCGAAGAUAGUUUUAUUUAUAGCAAAGAAAAGUUAAGCACCCAAGAACAUCGACAAAGUUUUUCAAGAAACCUAGAGCCUAACAAGCAUUUACAUGAAAAUAUUGCCUCAGAAGAUGACGAGCACAUUUGUAAAAAUUAUACGGCGUAUCAUUCACCGCACAAUCCAGAGAAUUGUCAAGAAAAUCAUAAAUUUUGUACUAUGUUAAAAGAAACUUGUGAGCCACUAAUAAUGAAUACAGAUCGGGAAUAUAACGAAUCCUGUAGUCACUCAUCUCCUAAUAUACAUGAAGAAGAGCCAUUAAUAACUCUGAAACAAUGUAGUGAAAGACCAGAGAUGAGACGACGAAGAAUAAUUGGGAAAAGGGUACGAGGAAUUUUAAUGGAUCUUGUACGAGGGUGUGGAGAUUGUUAUAAUUCUAAUCCUAAUGUAUCCAAUAAUAACAAAAGCUGUACACACAAGAAGGAAUCUUAUUUAAGAAGUUCUCCACAAAUCAAAAUUUCGCCGUGUGCAUCUCCAGAACCAUUGUGUUCAAACGCAGGACAACCUGGAAGAUGCUGCCAUGCGUACGCACAGCGAAUUGAAUCUCAACUGGAAGAAUUUCGAAUGGAAAUGGAAAGGAUGCGAUCACGUUCGGAUGCUAUUCUUAAUAUGCUCAAUAUGCUUCAUUCAGUGGAUACAAACUAAAGAAAUCCAUCUCAAUGUUAUUCUUUUUUUUUCAUAUGUACAUAUAUCAUAUUUUUAUUGUUUAUUUUUUUCUCAACCACUACAGAACUAUUAUAGUAUCGUCCUACUUUAUUGCUUAUAA